UUUCUGGUGGAAGUGAUGUGGUCAGGCUCUGAAGCUUCUGUGAAAUGCUUCUGGAGAAUUGUCUCAUAUUUAACAUGUCUCCACUCUCAUAUACAGGUGAGAGAAACUGAAACCAUGGAUGCUGGAUGGCUUGACUACCCUGCCUCUGGAGACUUGCCAGAUGAUGAAGACAUCGGUGAAUUCAGGCCUCACUUAACCACUGAUGGAUUAGAUAUAGAUGAGACAUCUGGGUCAGGAGACUACCCAGACUCUGAAGAUGGCUUGUAUCUGACCACCAUGGAUACUGCUGUGAUAUCUGACAACUAUAUCCCUGGAGAUACUGGGAGAAAAAUAGAAGGUGAGAAGGAAAACACAAUGGUGGACAAUGAAAUCAUUCCAGACAAAGCUGUACCUGUUGAAGAGAACCUGUCCAACAAGAUCUCCAUGGCAAGCACAGCCAACAGCAGCAUCUUUGAAAGAACAGAAGUCCUUACAGCUCUCAUUGCAGGAGGAGCAGUGGGUCUCCUGUUUGCCAUCUUCCUGAUCCUGCUCUUGGUCUAUCGCAUGAAGAAAAAGGACGAGGGCAGUUACGACCUGGGGAAGAAACCCAUCUACAAGAAAGCCCCCACAAACGAGUUCUAUGCCUAAAGCAGCACCUUGUGCCCAUCAAGGGACAAACAGACUGUAUGGAAACACUGUGCCCUCAGAUGAGAUGUGCUGAACAAAUGCUUUUUUAUUUUUUUGGAUUGAAUUUCAAAGUGACUUUGAGAAAAAACAAACUUCCUUCGUGACCCUUCCCAUCCCGCUCAGCUAACAAGGGCCCAAUGAAAUACAAAGAGUCUGAAAAAAAACUUCAGUGUAUUUUUUUUCUCUCUAAGUUAGUGUAAAAAGAAUAAAGAUGCCAAAUUUUCUGCUUGGUUUUAUAGAGGGUAUAUAAA